UACGGCAGCGGGGCCCGUUCCCCCGUUCCGCCCUAGGCGGCUCCCGGCGGCGGCAGCGCUGUCAUGUCGGGGCCGGGGCGGGCGGGGGAGGCGGAUCGGACGCUGUUCGUGGGGAACCUGGAGAGCCGCGUGCGGGAGGAGAUCCUCUACGAACUCUUCCUGCAGGCCGGACCAUUAACCAAAGUGACAAUUUGUAAAGACAAGGAAGGAAAACCCAAGUCUUUUGGAUUUGUCUGCUUUAAGCACAGAGAAUCAGUGCCUUAUGCAAUAGCUUUGCUGAAUGGAAUCCGUUUGUACGGAAGACCAAUUAAAGUACGGUAUCGGUUUGGGAGUUCACACUCUUCAGAACUGAACAGCCCAACACAUGGUUUUGAGAACUAUAUUGACUCAUAUUCACCUUCGUAUAGGUAUCAAGAGCCUUAUGGAAAUCCUCCAUUUCCUGUUACUCCUUUCCCAAUGAACAACUGUUUACCUCAGGAACAGUCCGUUUUUCAGAAGAUGAUGAACCAUUUUUUAGAACAGCAAUACACAGUUCACAGUCCAGUGGGUCAGCAAUUUCCUUACUACCAGAUGACUCUGCCGCUGCCUUCAAGCUUAUCCAUUCCUCCCUAUCAGAAUCAAGCUGCAAAUUUUAAGUCUGGGCAGAGUUCUUUUGAGUUGGCCGUGCCACAUUCGAGUGAUGGCAAAGUGUACCAGCUGGACGAAAGCGCCUCUAAAAGAAAGAGAGAACAGCAAAGUUGUGACAGCGACACUAGUACUGAAGAUGACAGAAUGAGACAAAGAGAUCACGACCAAAAAUACAAUAAGUGCAAAGCCAAGAAAAAAAGGCAUUAAGACUGUAAAACUGGAUUAUUUUUAGUUAUAUUUUCUAUUUUUGUUUGAGAGAAAUUCUCUCAUCGUUGCACUUUAUAACAAGAGGAAUGUACAAGACUCAAUUUUGAAAUAUGUGUAAAGUAUGCUGAUACUUUAUUUAACCUCAACCAAAUAAAAGAAGAAAGUAUUUUAAUGUAUAGGAAUCAUUUUAAAAGAUACAAUUUUUUCCUGUGGAAGGAAAAAAAAGUCGGAAUUUGUGCUUCUGUUUUCCAAAAAUUACGGAAGUCUGUGAUGUUGCUAAUUUAGAACCUUUGUGAAAGUGUAUCCUUUGAGCCACUCAUAAAGUGUACCUAUCACUUCCACCACUUGUGGAAUUCACUUUUGGGACUGCUUUAAGAGUUCUCUGGAGCUGCUGAACAAGUGAGCGGGAUAGAAGUUCUAAGCACCCAGUAGUGAAUGCAAGGUAAAAAAAGGUCAUUUGCAGUAACUACAAGACUUACGUAAUGCAUCAGUUCUCAAACUGAUGUACUUUCUCAUUAUGAUGUGUUCUGACUAGAACUGCAUACACAUAUGUUGUAGUAGGCGUGCACGAACACUUGGGCUUUGAUGUGAUGAGACCUCCCCUGCUCUGUGUUUGGGUAAUAUUACGCAUAGCUUAAGGGGCGUAGAUGAAGUAGAGCCUGUAUAUAAACAAACACCAUGAGGUAAUAAAUGCCAUUUUUUUACUGCUCACCAAA